GUGACCUGUGUUGCCCUGCAGCAGAGAGGAUGUGCUGCAGCCACAGAGAGAGUUGUGAAUGGCCGACAGGCAGGCACUGUGUGGAGAGGCAGCGGCAGGCAGCUGUGCGUAAGUAAUGCAUCCUCCAGUAUCUGGGUCAUACACACUGCUUUCAUGUUGUCAGGAUUUUUUUUCUUCACAGAAUUCUAUAAUUUGACUAGUCAUAUUGUCCCUGAUAAAUAAUCAGGAGGCCCGGCACAUUUAUGUGAAGCAAUACAUCAUUCACUUACUUAUGUUACAGAUUAAGAUACAGGGAGGUUGCAUGACAAUGAUGAUUAUGGUUCAUCUUUAAUACCCUUGCAAAAUUCAUAGCAACCCUGAUAUUAUAAUAUGUUGGCAUCAUGAUUCCAUGUGCAGUCAAUAUUACACACUGCGCAAUGGGCUGAUAAUUAAUUAAAACAAUAUAGUGAAACGGUAUAUUUAUUAAUUCAGUUAAACAGGAACAAACAUUUAAAAAACCCAGCGAAGACAAAAACAGACAUUAUUGGCAACUUUAGAUGUAUAGUGUAAUACUUUGAUUCAGUGGGUGUUCAAUACCAUGUUAAUCAAGGUGACUACUUGUGAAAUCAUUUAUCGGCCGGCUUUUUGUUUCCAUCCUUUGCUCGUUUACCAUUUUCUCUUACUGACAACAUCGUCUCUCCGCCUUUCCAUUGUCUACCUAUGCUUUCUCUUUCUCCACGGACGUAUGGCACCGACACCCCUGCGCACUGACGACGCACGUUCCUCCCGCACCGGCUGCGUGUCCACGCACCGACCGCGCACACGGUGUCAUUCUUGUACACGCAGUCAGGUGUCGCGCUCCUAUCACGCUGCUCGGCGACGCCCGCCCGGCGUCUCUCUCUCUCUCUCCCUCUCUCUCUCUUUUUCUUCUUCUUUCGACUCGUGUGUUUGAACGGGUGACGUCACGCUGGCGCUCAAGUGUUUGUGGGCGUGGGACGAAAAGAUGUCGUGAAGCCCGAAGCGGAAUCCACUUUGUAGCUAGAGGACAACAUCACGGGUGGAAACACAACUUCCGUCGUGGUGUUCACCGCUGGGAACACGUGUGUAAUAUCCGAGGAAUACAGUUGUGACGCGUCGCUGUUAGCCGUUUGUCAGUUAGUGUUUUUCAGAGGUGAGUUUUUUUUAAUUCAUCCCUUCCACGCGCCACAAGCCCAGCCUCCCUUCCUGGAUGUAACGUGAAGCACGCCAGCGUCAAGCAGCGACUACUUGUCGCCACCUCACCUCCAUUCCAGAAACUCGCCAACCUCCAGCAAUGAUGUAGAGGGGACAACGAGAUGAUGAUGAUGAUGAUGAUGAGGAUGAAGAAGCAGGGCCUCUCAUGGAGGUGGACCAGCCAUUGACCCUCUACUCAUUUCCUCAUUGUGCGGCCGUAGUGCGAUGUCCUCAACCACGCCCUCUGCGGCCCCAACCCUGAAGAAGGGAAGGAAGCCCGAUAAAUCGGAGGGGAUGACCGAGUCGGCACAGGCCACCAGCGAGGAACUGAGGAGCAAAAUCCUGGACACCCAGAUAGAGCUGCAGCAAGAGCGGGGCAAGGUGUGUAAGCUCCGUGAGCGGCUCCAGGAGCAGCGGCAGGCUCGGGAGCUCGAGCAGCACAAACAUGCCGUGGCGCUCACUGACCUGCGCGCCAAACUCCACGAGGAAAAGCUGCGCGAGAUAGCGGCUGCCCGCGAGACUCUGGCCAGGCAGCACGAAGUGGAGCUGGCCCGGGCCAUCAAGAUCAAGGAUGCCGAGGCGCAGAGGCUGCAGGGGCUCGUUAACGCGCUGAGAGACGGAGCCGCCGACAAGCUCAAAAACGCUCUACUUGUGGAGGCUCGGGAGGAGGCCAGGAGGGCUUUCGAUGGGGAGAGGAUAAAGCUACAGCAGGAGAUCCAAGAGCAAAAGACAGCCAGGAAGUUAGCUGACGAGGCGCAUGCAAAUGCUCUGCAGGCCGAUAAAGCCAAAGCGGCAGAUCUGCGGACCGCAUACCAGCAGCACCAGGAUGAGAUGCACCGCAUCAAACGGGAUUGUGAGCGAGACAUCCGCCGACUGAUGGAUGAGCUGAAGGCGAAGGACCGGGUGAUGUGUGCCCUGGAGAAGGAGCUGGGGCUGCAGGCCGGCUACGCCCAGAAGCUGCAGCUGCAGAAGGACGCUCUGGAUGAGCAGCUGGGUCAGGUCCGAGAGGCGGAGAGACACAACCACGGCAGCCCGAAGAGAGAGCUGGUGCCGGGGCUGGGCGACAAUGCGGACUCGCUUGGCAACCAGGAGGUGGAGGAGCGUGACACGAGGAGGUUCCAGCUGAAGAUUGCGGAGCUCCACUCGGUCAUCAGAAAAUUGGAGGAUAGAAAUGCACUGCUGGCCGACGAGAGGAAUGAACUCUUGAAGCGCGUUCGGGAGGCCGAGAGCCAGAUGAAGCCCAUGUUUGAGAAGAACAAGCGUCUGUCCAAGAAGAAUGACGACCUGCUGCAAACGCUGCAACGUAUGGAGGAGAAGCUGAAGAACCUGAGCCGAGACAACGCCCAGAUGAAGGAAAAAGCCGCCUCCUCCCGGCCUCCCCCCCCACAGCAACAAUCCAUUCAGUCCCAGCUGAAGCGGCCGAGCUCGCUGACAGACUUGAGCCAUGCCCACGAGGAACAGGAAGUGGCCUUCCUAAAGCUGCAGGUUAUGGAGCAACGCGGCAUCAUCGAUGAGCUCACGCAGGAACGUGACCGAUGGGUGAUGAGCAAAAAGAGCACGAGGAAACCACCCAAACUGUGUAAAAGGCAUGUUGUGGAGACGUAUUUUGGAUUUGAUGAGGAGUCGAUAGACUCUGAGACCUCCUCCCUGACCUCCUACAACACUGACCUCACUGACCGCACGCCUGCAACUCCAGAGGAGGAUUUGGAAGAAACCAUUUCCCGUGAAGAGUCCGAGCUCCGUUUCCGUCAGUUGACCAGAGAGUACCAGGCCCUCCAGCGGGCCUACGCGCUUCUCCAGGAGCAGACCGGGGGCUCUCUGGAUGCUGAGAGGGAGGCCAGGACACGUGAGCAGCUGCAGAUGGAUCUCAGCAGCUGCCAGGCCAAGAUGGCCGACCUGGAGAAGGCCCUGGCCGAACGGGGGCAGGAUUCAAAGUGGGUGGAGGAGAAGCAGUACUUGCUCAGGACCAACCAGGAGCUUCACGAGAAGAUGUGUGUGUCUCAGCAGGCAGAGUCCAAGCUGCAGGCCGAGGUUCAGGACGCCCGGGAUCAGAAUGAGCUGCUGGAAUUCCGGGUGCUUGAACUGGAAGAGAGGGAGCGUAGAUCUCCUGCCCUCAACCUCCACAUGUCUGCGUUCCCAGAGAACAGCAGCAGUGCCCUGCAGAUCUACUGUCGCCAGGAGGGAGUCAAGGAUGUAAUCAUUCCGGAGCUGAUGAAGAAACUGGAUAUCCUGGGAGAUAACGGGAAUCUCAGAAAUGAGGAGCAGGUGGCGGUGAUCCAAGCAGGGACGGUGAUCUCACUGUGUGAAAAGUGGUUGAAGCAGAUCGACUGCACAGAGGCCGCCCUCACACAGAAGAUGAUCGACCUGGAAAAUGACAAGGAACUUUUUAGCAAGCAGAAGGGAUUCCUCGAGGAAGAGUUGGACUACAGGAAGCAGGCCUUGGAUCAGUCCUAUAUGAGGAUCGAGGAGCUGGAGGCCACGCUGUAUAGCGCUCUGCAGCAGGAGCAGCCGGCCUGCCGGGCGGUGGCCGAGUCGCUGACAGACAGGCAGAGGGAGGAGCUGAGGCUCGCCGUGGAAAAGCUGCGGCGUCAGAUUCUCCGGCAGAGCCGGCAAUUUGACAGUCAGAUCUUACAGGAGCGCAUGGAGCUCCUACAGCAGGCCCAGCAGAGAAUUAGAGAGCUGGAGGACAGGCUCGACUUGCAAAAGAGACAAGUAAAGGAAAUAGAGGAAAAGUUUUUGUUCCUCUUUUUGUUUUUCUCUUUAGCAUUUAUUCUUUGGCCUUAAAGAAAGUGACCAGUGACCCACAUCAGGUGCUUCGGAAGCAGACGAGGACGAAACAAAACCUACUUGUUUUUUAUGCAUUUGUAGACAGCUCACGAAAAAAAAACCAUGGCCUUUUUGAAAAAUGUGCACUUUUUGACCCUUACCUGGAAUGCAAACAUAUU